GCACCAUUUGAAGGACUCUUGCCCAUUAUCCCUGCCAGAAGACUGCUCUUUGCCUACAAUAACAUCUGUUUGGCCUGCAAUUUGUUUGCCAUUUCCCCAGCUCUGACAGCCCGGGUAGCCAGGAAGGGGGCAGCACAGCAACCCUAAUGGGAGCUCACUGCGCAGAGCUGUUCAGGGUCCUGCCGGCUGCUGCUUCAGGCAUUUCACGCAUCGGAGGAGCGCAGCUCUCCCUGCUCCCUGUGCUCGCACAGUCCUGGCAGCGACGCUCGUCUCCAACAGCCUCUGUCGACAGGCAGUAAUUCAUAACACCAUGGAGAGCAUCCCCGCUCUCCUCCUGACUGCUGCUCUUUGCUUCCUCUGCCAAGGCUGCGGCGGCUCCGAGGCCGAGCACCGGCUCUACGCGGCGCUCUUCGAGAGCUACAACAAGUUCGUGCGCCCCGUCAAGAACGUCUCGGACCCGGUCAUCAUCCAGUUCGAGGUGUCCAUGUCGCAGCUGGUGAAGGUGGACGAAGUCAACCAGAUCAUGGAAACCAACCUGUGGCUGAAGCACAUCUGGAAUGAUUACAAGCUUCGGUGGAAUCCAGCAGACUAUGGAGGUGCUGAAUUCAUCCGAGUACCAUCUGGCCAGAUCUGGAAGCCAGAUAUUGUUUUAUAUAACAAUGCAGUUGGGGAUUUCCAGGUUGAUGACAAGACAAAGGCCCUACUAAAAUACACGGGUGAUGUGACCUGGAUACCUCCAGCUAUAUUUAAAAGCUCAUGUAAAAUAGAUGUAACCUACUUCCCAUUUGAUUAUCAGAACUGCACCAUGAAGUUUGGUUCCUGGUCUUAUGAUAAAGCCAAAAUUGACUUAGUUUUAAUUGGCUCCACAAUGAACCUGAAAGAUUACUGGGAGAGUGGAGAAUGGGCUAUUAUUAAAGCUCCUGGGUAUAAACAUGACAUCAAAUACAACUGCUGUGAGGAGAUAUACCCAGACAUCACAUAUUCUCUUUACAUUAGGCGUUUACCUUUAUUUUACACCAUCAACAUGAUUAUUCCCUGUCUGCUGAUUUCUUUUCUGACUGUAUUAGUUUUCUAUUUGCCCUCAGACUGCGGUGAGAAGGUGACACUCUGCAUAUCAGUCCUUCUAUCUUUAACAGUGUUCCUUCUUGUUAUCACAGAAACCAUACCUUCUACUUCCCUGGUAAUUCCCCUUAUAGGGGAAUACCUCCUUUUCACCAUGAUAUUUGUAACUCUAUCAAUUGUCAUCACGGUAUUUGUGCUGAAUGUGCACUACAGAACACCCAAGACACACACGAUGCCCGUGUGGGUGAGAACCAUUUUCCUGAACUUACUUCCCAGGAUCAUGUUCAUGACAAGGCCUGCCAGUGAUGAAGACAACAACCAGAAGCCAAAGCCACCGUUCACUUCUGAGUUUUCAAACCUUAAUUGCUUCAGCAGUUCUGAAGCCAAAUGCUGCAAAGAUGGCUUUGUGUGUCAAGACAUGGCAUGCAGCUGCUGCCAGUACCAACGCACCAAGGUCUCGGAUUUCAGUGGCAACCUCACCAGGAGUUCAAGCUCUGAGUCUGUGGAUCCCCUGCUUUCAUUUUCAGUUCUGUCACCAGAAAUGAGAGAUGCUAUUGAAAGUGUGAAAUAUAUUGCAGAAAAUAUGAAAAUGCAGAACGAAGCAAAAGAGAUUCAGGAUGAUUGGAAAUACGUUGCCAUGGUCAUCGAUCGUAUUUUUCUGUGGGUUUUCAUCCUGGUAUGUAUUCUAGGAACAGCAGGGUUGUUUUUACAACCUCUGAUGGCUGGAGAUGAGAUGUAAAGGUUUAAAUAAUAUGUUGUGAAAUCAAAUAAAACUGCCAACCAACUCUGUAUCACCACCCCAGCACCCCAUGUCUCUUCCAUGUGCAGCAGAAUAAGGAACUCUCAGCUCUGCUUGAUGAAGAAGGCUUUGUUAAAAGGGUGGGAAAAGAAAUGAUUUUGAACCUUUAUGACAGCUAAUCUCCACGGAACAGGAGCUGUGCUUUUACAGCUCCUUCUUGCCACAACAGGAAGUGAUGUAGGUAGAACAUUAAACUUUAUAGGAAUGGUUUAAGAAGGGGUGAAUAAAGAAAUGGAAAAUCACAUGAAUAUUUGGAAAGUAAAGAAGGGUUGAAUGCUUUGGGCUGUUUUCAUGAGUCUGGCACCAAGAGUCUUGAGCCCACGACAGGACCUUCUGGAAGAAGCUCAUCCUGAGUUCCAUGAAUGCCCUCAUGUGGAUGGGAUGGUUGGGAAGGCACAGGUACCAAAGUGCUGGAACGCAGACAUCACCACCUGGAGUGUAAACUGCCCCACAGCGUGGGAAGAAAGGACCGAGGGCAGGUUUGUUCCAAAAGAAAGCAAAUUGAAAUGCAGAUGAUGGUAACAGAGCAGCCAGGAAGUAAACUCUGCACAUCCCCACAGUGUAAUGGAUGUGGAGGCUGGCAGGAAAAAAAGCUACUCAAACCUAGUGAUGUUUAGAGUUGUGUACAAGUCAAACACACGCUGGGACAGUCUGCAGGUGGUGCAAAGGAUCAAAACACUCUGAUGGGAUAGUCUGGAUACAGAGGCAAAGGGGUUUAUGACAAGGGAAGGCAGGGAGACACAAAAUAGUCCUGUAAAGUAUGCUAAAAAUCACUGCUUAGGCAUAUGUAUCUUCAUUUUUUUAAUCAGCAACUGCAAGUUAUUUAAGAGCAUGAAUAAAGAAUGCAACAAAAUACUGUAAUGAGAACAUAUUUUGUACAAAUAUUAACUGUUCUCUCUGUACCAACCUUUUGGAAAUACAGUGUAUCAAGUGGUGUGACAUUUAUGAAAAUAAAGAGAAUCAAACUGUUGAAAA